AUGUCCCAGCUAUCUGACUACCGUCUCGUCUGCUUCGAUGUCUACGGAACUCUCAUUGACUGGGAGAAUGGCAUUCUAACUGCGCUUCAACCCAUCCUCCAACACAGCCAAACCAAUUUUACACGCCAGCACCUGCUGACCGUAUACGGCGAAUUAGAAAGUGAACAGCAACAUCUCACCCCAGAUAUGCCCUACUCUCAGCUCCUCGCUACCGUACACCCUGUGCUAGCCCAACGGCUCGGACUCCCUACACCAAGCAAUGAAGAAAGUAUUCAGUUUGGCGAGUCUGUCGGCACCUGGCCCGCAUUUCCCGAUACUGUAGAUGCCCUCCGCGAGCUUCAAAAACACUACAAGUUAGUGGUACUCUCCAACGUAGAUCGAGCCUCAUUCGCUCGAUCCAACGCAGGAAGUCUCCAAGGAUUCCGCUUCGACCUAAUCAUCACGGCACAAGACAUAGGCUCCUACAAGCCCGAUACACGCAACUUCGAAUACAUGAAAAAGGCCGUACAUGCAGACUUUGGCGUGGAUCCUAGUCAGAUCUUGCAGACGGCCCAGAGCCAGUUCCAUGAUCAUCAGCCUGCACGGCAAGCGGGGAUCCGAUCGGUGUGGAUUGAGAGAGCCGGUGCUACGAUGGGAAAUCAAGUCGAGUCCCCUAGUUUUGAUUGGCGAUUUGCUACACUUGGGGAAAUGGUCAAUGCCUUGCAGAAGGAGUGA